AAAAGAAAGAAAAAGUCAAAAAGACAGUCCGCGGAGGAAAAGGAGACAUAAUACGAAUCAAACUUGGGUCGAUUUCAAUAAUAAGAAGAAUAUCGCUUUCGAUACCAUUCGCAUCUCCGCAUCCCUUUGUGUUUCCCCUUCAAUCACAUCAUCUCUUACGUCCUCCAUCUCACUCUCUCACCUUAAGGUUUGUAUAUUCAUCCAUUCAUUCAUGUAAUAAUAAUCAUCAUCAUAACCUAAAAACAAGAAUACAUACGUAUAUAUGCAUAUACAGAGAGAAUAAAGAUACAUAUUGAAUGGUUGGUGGGUGAGUAAGAGAGAAGAUGGCGGAAUUGAGAAAGGGGGGCUGCUAUCCAAAGGCUUUAGUGGGAGUGAAUGCGGGUCUGGCUUUUGCUGAUGCUGUUAUUGCGGUGCUUUCCUUCACCCAGCUGCUGAGAAUUCAUUCCAGAAAUGCACAUAUUGGAUGGACUCGCCAGAAAGUAUUUCAUCUUAUGAUUGGGUUGUCAAACUUGGGAUAUUUUCUAUACUUUGUGUUGGCCCCUGUUGCUGCUUGUGAUGGUUGGGUUUGCUGGUCUCAAUCCUGUGGUUUUUUGGUCAUGGCUUGCCCCAAAAUUCUAUUUCUUGGUGCAUUCCUUCUUCUUCUUUCAUUCUGGGUUGACCUAUGUCAUCAGUCAAAUGAAGAAGAAGAUGAUGAUGAUGGAUAUAAUUCUCAAGAAGCUCUGUUGGAUAAGACCAAACCAUAUUUAUAUGCCGACAGUCACAAUAAAUGUUGCUCGUUUCAUGCAUUUCGUGUGGGGAGUCGCCAGAGAGUUGUGAUAUUGGUCACAUUUCUGGUUUUUGUAUUAAUGCUGGCAGCUUCUGUGUUAAUAUGGAUUGGGAGAGGGCAAAACCCUAUCGAUUCGGCUGUUGUGGCACGGGUAUAUGUAGAUCUAUUUUCCAUUUCAGUGCUUUUGCUGGGCGCAGCCUUGGCAUGCUAUGGACUUGUGUUGUUUCUGAGAAUGAGAAAAGUCAAAUCCGAAAGGUCCUCAUCAGAAAUGUGGAAGGUUGCAGGGUUGGCCGGUGUUUCCAUUUUAUGUUUCUCGUCAAGUGCAAUCAUUGCUAUAUUUACAGAUAUUCCUCUGCUGUAUCACUGGCAUGGGCAACAGAUAAAUGGUGUCACACCUCUCCUCUUGGUGUUGUACUACUUUUUUGGAUCCUCAGUGCCAUCAGCUUUUGUGUUGUGGGUGAUGAGAGAACUGCCACCUCCUCUAACAAGUCACUGGACACAAGGAGGGCCAUUUAGGACAAUAACCUUCUUCUGUGAUAGCUCUGUGCCAGUGGAGCAUCCUCAAAGGUGGACUGCUGUGGCAAGCGUCCAAAACCAGGUAUCAAGAGCAAGCCCGAUAUGAUGGAUCAUGUGCCAUAGAUGAAUGAGUGAUGAUACUCGAACCAAAGGUCAUUGACUAUAUUGACCCUACCAAUAGCCAGUAAUGAAGUGUGAAGAGAAACAACAGAGAAGCGCAUAGGUUUGCUCUACAGUGUGAGUAAACGCAAUCAGCAAGAUUGCCCAUUGCAGAGCUCCUUGACAAAUCAGCAUCUUGUACAUACCCAACUGCUGCUACAGAACAGAAACUGUUACUUUUAACUUAUUGUUUACUAAUAUAGUAAUAUUAUAGGCAUUCUUGUUGCAUGUAAAGAACGUUCUACCUUGUAGUUGUUCACAUUCAGGACGGUAGAAUCAAGAGGGAUUUUUGUGUGCUUACACAUCGGGAAUGGGCAGUGGUCCACAUGGUCCCAUAGCAGGCGGUGCAAUUUCCCCCUUCUCGUGACUGAGAAUGUCCCAUUUGUAUGGGACCAGAACUGGUAACCGUACAUAAACCUGUUUGGUUCAUACAUCAUAUAGCUUUGUACCAGUCGUUCUAACUUUUAAGCCCGGUCCUAAAAGAAUCGGCAGGUUGGUUAGACCACUACAUACCCAACUUCAUCAUGCUUCCGGUUUAAGGUUCUCUGAAUGGGAGACCAGGACUGCAGUGUCUGCAUUUUUGGUCUGGGGAUAUUCAAUUACCAUGGCUGAAGUUCUAUCAAGUUUUUCUUCUGUAGUGAUCAUGUGUUUCAGUUUUUCCCGUGAUUUUUAUAAAACUUCAGAUUUAGCCCUUUUCUAUCGGAGUUCCAUGAACUUCUUGAAA